AUGGACUUUGAGCAGCAGUGGUUGGUUCUUGCCCAGGCAGCUAUUAGGAAGCAAUCCCGAAGUCGCGGUGGAUCGCAACCAGGAAAACGCCCGAACAUAAACAGGCAAGCACAAGAUGGAGCCAAGAGAUUGAUGGCAGAUUAUUUUUCGGAAUCAUCCGUGUACACGGAUGAGCAGUUUCGGCGAAGAUUCCGAAUGGGCAGAAAAUUAUUUUUGGAGGUAGCCAAUAAAGUUGAACAGAACAAUAAAUAUUUUGCUCAAAAACCGGAUGCAACGGGCAAGUGGGGCCUGACUUGUCUCCAAAAAUGUACAGCAGCUCUUCGUCAAUUGGCCUAUGGUGCCCCCUUGGAUGCCAUUGACGAAUAUGGAAGACUGGCAGAAUCAACUGCUCGGAAAUGUCUGAUGGAAUUUUGCCGCUCUGUGAUCCAAGUCUUUAUGGAAAAGUAUUUGCGGUCCCCAACGAGAUCGGAUAUUGAACGACUGUUGCACAAAGGACAAGAGCGAGGUUUUCCUGGCAUGGCAGUUCAAAGGGAAAGAGAAAAAGCCGACGAUCAUUCUGGAAAUUGUAGCAUCUUAUGA